AUGAUAUAUAAAGACAUUUUUAAUAUAACUGAUACAUUAUUUUCAACUUUACAACUUAAAUAUUUAGAUGUGGCCUAUUGUGUUGAGCAAGUAAAUUCAGCUAUUAAUAAAAUAAAAUCUUUAAGAAAUGAUGAUCAGUCCAUUUUUUUUUUUAAUGAAGCAAAAAAAUAUAAUUUUCUAAAAAGGUCAGAAAGGUUGUCUGAAGCUGAAACUCUAAAUAAGUAUAAAAUGUUACAAUUUGAAAUAUUGGAUAAUAUUAUAUUAUGUCAAUUGACUGACCGUUUCCAAGAUUUAAAUAAACUAAAAUUUUUAUCUCUAGUUGAUACUUCCAAAUUUAAAUCAUACAAAACUGCUUUUCCUUAUGAAGGAUUUAAUUGUUUAACUUUAAUAUAUAAAGAGAUAUUUGAUACAGAUCAAUUGAAAAAUGAAUUGUCAGUUAUUUACUUUGAUGAGCAAUUCCAUAACCAAAGUAUUCAACAAUGUGUGAAAUUACUAAAAGUGUUUGAAGAAUCUGGAUUAUUAAAAGAAGCAUAUAAACUGUUUUGUAUUGUUUUGACUAUACCAUCCACCAGUGUAUCUGUUGAAAGAAAUUUUUCAUGUUUAAAACGCAUUAAAAGUUAUCUAAGAAAUUCUAUGACAGAAGAAAGAUUAUCUUCCUUAGCUACAAUCUCUAUUGAGAAGGAUCUAAUAAACACUUUAUCAAAAAAUGAUGAAAAAUUCUAUGAAAAAAUAAUUGACAAAUUUGCAUUACUCAAAGACAGAAGAAUAGAUUUAAUUUACAAAACAUAA